AUGAGAGUCUAAAUGAAAUUAGUUCUUUUAAUCAGUCUUACAAUUUGCUUGUCUUAUUGCGAAUUGAAUGUUAAGGUUGAUCCUAAAACAACUUUAUUCGUUGAUUAAUUCAAUAGAACUCGUGUUUAUCACGGAUUAAAUGUUGUUUACAAAGUCUUCCCCUUUUAUCCUCCCAACAAUACAUUUGAUCCUUUAAACUCUUUUGUAGAAAAGGAUGCCAGAGAUCUUCGCAAUUGGGGUUUCAAUUCUAUCCGUUUGUUUAUGGCAUGGGAAGCAUUUGAGCCUGUAAGACAAUAAUACAAUUACACUUAUUUAGGAGAACUUUAAAAAAUCGUUGAACUUUGUUAAUAAUACAACAUUUCAGUCUUCUUAGAUGCACAUCAAGAUGUCUACAAUAGAUUCUUUUGUGGAGAAGGUAUGCCCGAUUGGACUAUUAUGGAUAACACCAACAAAACUUUCCCCUAUCCACUACCUAAGAAUUUCUUAAGAAGAGAUGAUCAAGGAUAUCCUCUUAUAGAAGAUUGCCUUAAGGUUGGUUUCUCAACUUACUAUUUAACUAAAGAUGGCAGCUAAUAAGGAGAAAAUUUAUUCUUGAACUAUCAAGGUUUAGCUGACGACUUUGCAAAUAUGUGGGGUGAAGUUGCAAAAUACUUCUCAAAGCUUACUCAUUUGACUAACUUCUUAGGUUAUGAAAUCAUCAAUGAACCUUUCGGUGUUUCACCUUGGAACCACUUCCUUGAUUGGAUAUGGCCUGGAAGAGGUAACAACAAAUACAUGUUACCUUUCUAUUAAAAGGUAGCCGAUAAAAUUUGGGCAAAUCACCCUGACUCCAUGGUCUUCUACGAACCUACAGUUGUUGAUUAUUUAAGUGGUGGUUUCAGCCAUAACUUAGGCCAUCCUGAAAAGGAAGUCCUCUCUUACCAUGUUUACUGUAUGGCUGUGAACCCAGUUGGUGAUCCCUUCUCUAGAAUACUUUGCGAUAUUUUAGACUCCAUUUUUAUUGGUGGUAAGGAAAAAAAUGUCCAAAAGAUCCAUGUUGGAGGUUUCUUAACUGAAUUCGGUGCUCUCUCUAACUCUACUAAAUCUGCUGAAGAAUUAGAUUACCUUUUAGAUAAGGCUGACAAUCACUUAAGAAGUUGGGCUUACUGGUAAUACAAAGGAUACGCUGACUUUACUACUGCUGCUGGUCCUGGCUCUGAAGGUUUCUACACUGAAGAUGGGUAAUUAUAAAGCAAUAAAGUUAAGCAUUUAUCUCGUCCUUAUGCUUAAGCAAUUUGUGGUGAAGUUCAAAAGAGUAAAUUUAAUAGUAAUAAGGUCACUUACGAAUUGAUUUAUGUUAGUGGUACUUGCAGCGAGUAAACUGAAAUUUAUUUGAGCACUGAAUACUGGUUCACAAACUUGAAAUUUGAAAAGAAGGAAAACAUCAAAGAGAUUAUUCCUAAUGCUUAACUUCCUGGAUACUUUACAAUUAUUGCAUCAGAACCUAAUAAAAAGGUUCAUUUGAUUGUUAAAAAUAAUUGA